AUGAAGUGUUUCGACAAUCUGCUUAAGAAAUCUAACGAAAACCUUGAAAAAGUCAUAACUCUAUCCAACAACAGUCUUGAAAAGAUAUUUGAAAAGUUUGACUCCAGCCUGACGUUGGUUAUUGAAAAGUCAAACGAAAAUUUGCGCAAAUCACUGGCUAACUCGGAGGGUUUAAUGAGCAAACGUUUUGAAUCAACAUUGCUGCGGAUGGAGGCCUUCAGUAGUAGUUUCGAACGAGCGGUCAGAAGUAUGUCAGACGCCGUCACUGAUUCGAUGUGUCAACUUCACAAUACUAUGUCCACAUUGUCCACCAGUGUCUCUGAGUGUCAGAGACACUGGUGGACAAUGUGGACAAUGUGCCUUGUUGAACGAGAGCGUAAAGAUGAGAAACGCCGAGCUAAUAACGAGAUCAUUUCUGGUCUUGUGGAGCAAUCAGGAAUCAAUGACAGAGAUAUUGUGUUGGAUCUCUGUAAAAAACAUCUGGCGAUCAAACCACAGGUGGUUAAAACACGUAGUAUUGGCAGCUCAAAACUAUGUGUUACCUUGUCCGGACCAUCGGCAGUAGAUGAUUUAAUAUCCUCUUGUAGGAUCCUACGUUCAAAGCCUGAUACGAGAAAUAUUUUUAUAAACUUUGAUUUGUCAAAAAGACAGACAGAACAAGCUUACAUCAAGCGCCAGGCACGACGCCUUGUCAAAUCAGCCGGUGACAAAUCUAAAGCGGAAGAGACUGACAAAGGACAGCCCUUUCGUUAA